AGAGGAAGACACGCAGGCAGAGCUAAAUGAAUUUUGUUUAAAAAAAAGACGAUUUCAUUUAAAUAAAUUGGUUUGAAAUUUUUAAUGAUGUUUGGGUUUCACAUAUAGCUAAGCCAUAGUUCAACAUGAUUCAGUUAUAUCUAUGCAAUACUUUUGAGGUCAGCAUUACAGCUUUGGAUUAAUUUUCUUUCCAUUGAACUCUAUACCGACAUCAUAGAAUGUUGGUGAUAUAAAUGGUUGAUGGAAAAUUGGAGUCACAUGAUUGUCAGCACCAUGGCAACUGUUGUGAGGUCAUAGGAGCAGCUGGUAGAUCCUUGCCCUACUUGGAGGCGCUCUGGAUUAUAAGUGAUAGAUGUUCCCAGGUACAGGCAAGAAAAUUUGUGCUCGUACCAGAUAUCGACCCCCAAACCAGUAAUGGCCAACAUGGUGAAAACCAUCUGGCAAUUCAAAGAAAUAAAUGAGGCUGGAGACACACCAACAGGAAUUGAGAGUCAGACUCAAGGCAGCAAGGAGGAGUUUGGAAAGACUGCUAGUAUCUCCCAAAAGAAGAAAGGUAUCCCUUUCCAUGGAGUUAAGCCCCAUUUUACCAGUGAAAGUCCUAAUCUGAACUUGAAGCGUUCUUCUGCUUGUACUAAUGUUUCUCUCCUGAAUCUUACUGAUGGGGAACGUGAUGAUUCCACCACAGAGAAUGAAUCCACAGAUGAUGAGGGCUUGCCAUGGGGAGCAGGGGAUGAAAAAAGGGAUCUUCUAUUUCCCAUCAAACCAGCUUGGUCAGAAGAUGAAGACGAUGCUUCUAGCCAACAGGAAAGCUGCCAAACGGUGACAAAAGCUGUGGAGGAUGCAGAAAUUAAGACCAGCAUGCUAGAAGAAAACUCAGCCCUCUUGGAGGUGAGACAGAAGGAGAAACUGCAUAACUUGCAGCACCAGGUUCAAGUUGAAGACUUUCGUUGGAAAUGGAUGCUGGAGCUGGCCCAGAAGGAGGUCUUGCGGCUAUUGGCUCAGCUGGGGAUACACUUGGAGGGAGUGCUUCCCCAACGGGAAAGGACACAAGUGGAACAAGGCCAAGCACUCAGGAUGCUGCGGGAGGAACUGGAUGAAGUUUCUGCCACGGCAAAGCGAGCAUCAAUAUCACUGACUAAGCUCCGUGUAGAUCUGGAUGGGCUCUGGCAGGUGAAUCCACUCCUGGAAGAUGUAUCUCAAUAUCUUGGAACAUUCAAAAACAUAGAAACAUUCAAUUGGCCUCCUUCUACUUGUGCUAGAUGUUCCAGCUACAGCACUGCAAAUAUAGAGGUGCUGCAAAAGAUGUUUGAGAAUGCAACAGCACCAAUUUUGGAGGAGCUGAAGCAGCGGGCCCAAUCAGAAGGUAUAUGCCCCCGUUGCCAGCAUUUGCAGAAGACGAUGACACAGUGACGCACAGAGUAGACUAAGCCCAGACUUUCCUGCCCCCAAUAAAAAGAUUUCAGAGUGAAACCUUUCUGGAGCAUUCUUCUAACCUUGAGUCGAUGCUGGCCAGAUCAUGAUCUGGGAGAUUUGGAGCAGAUCCAUUUUGAUUAUGUACAAUCUGCAAAGCUACCUUUCCCUGAAUCCUGUUCCAUUAUAAUGUGACCUCAGUUCAUCAAAUUUCUGGCAGAAGUCUAUUUCAAAUAUUUGACUUUGAUAGAGUGGAGGUGAUCUUCAGUGUGCAAAGCACAUUUGUUUUUUCAUUGCUUAGCUCCCUUCUUGCUAGGCUCAUAGCAGUCCAAGAGUUAAACGCAGCCUCUGAAAGUCUUGAAUGCCUUUCUUGAGCUCCUCUGGUCCCUAUUGGCCAGUCAUCAUAUCUCUCCACCCACCCCCUGAGGAGCGAUAUGGCCAUCCAUUCUCUGUUGUUCUGAAAGUCUCCAUAUGGAAAUGCAACCAAAGCUCUGUUUUUGGAC